AUGACGAUAAGACAAGCUGCUGGAGUAAACCGGUUGAAUUUUGGCCCUGGUCAGCGAUAUGACUAUAUAAACAUCAGCAUCAUAGACAAUGCCAUCCCAGAAGAUGACAAAUAUUUUUUGGUGAAACUUCUUAACCCAACUGGAGGGGCAGAAACAGGUCUUGGAUCUACCAUUAAUAUUACUAUUGCCAGUUCUGACGAUGCCUAUGGAAAAUUCCAGUUUACUUCUGAUUCCCUGACUGCUACCGUAAAUGAGACUGGUGAUACUGGAUUCACUGUUGUCAAUUUUAAGGUGGAGAGGCUUGGUGGUAAAAUUGGUUCAGUAACAGUUUUCUGGCAGAUAGAAAAUGAUGUGGGGAACGACCUGGUUGAAAACAGUGGUUCGGUGACCUUUGUGUCAGGAGAAGAGACAAAGGUCAUAGGGGUCAAGGUCAGAGGUGAUCCCUAUCCAGAAUUGGAUGAAUUCUUUGUACUAAAAUUGACUGGUGUCAACAAGGGAGAAUUAGGGAACUCCUUCAGACUCCAGGCAAACCUUACUGUUUUAUCAAAUGAUGAUCCAUAUGGAGUAUUCACAAUCACUGACAACAACAGGCCAAUCAGAACAGAGGAAGGAGACCAUGUUGUGACAUUAACAGUACAGCGGCAACAGGGUUUUGUGGGUUUAGUUCGAGUCAACUACACAACACUAGAUGCAACUGAAUAUUAUAACUUCCUUCCUGGGUCAGUUGCACGUGCCAAUAAAAGUGAUUUUGUUCCUGUGAGCGGCUAUGUUCAGCUGGGACUGAACCAAAAUCGAGAAGACUUUGACAUCCAUAUCAGAGAUGAUCAGAUUCCAGAAGGAGAUGAAUCCGUGUUUGUCCGUCUCACUUCAGUUGAGUUGAUCUCUGGUGGACAGAGUAGACCAGUGUCCUUUUCUCCUCGCCUUGGCCCAAACCAACAAACCUAUGCUCAGAUUAUCAUCAACCAGAAUGACAAUGCAAAUGGCAUCCUGGAGCUGUCAACAGCCUCUGUGGCUGUGUCAGAGAACUUUACUGGCUCCAUAGUUGAUGUUGUACGCAAAGAAGGCUCUUUUGGAGAGGUGAGUGUGAAGUUUGAGGUGAUAUCAGGCACAGCUGUCAACACCGUGGACUACAGUGUCACCUCCAGUGAUGUCAUCCUGGCUGACAGGGAAAGGAGGAAGAGAGUUCCCGUGGAGAUCAACGAUGACAGGAUCGCAGAGUUAAACGAAACCUUUACUAUCCGCCUAUUGCCACAGAUUACAGGAGGUGCUCAGCUGGGAAGGCUGAUAUCCACGCAGGUCACCAUUUUGUCCUCUGAUGAUCCCAAGGGAGCUUUUGAAUUUUCCACAUCUGGCAGUAGUGUAGAAGAACCCGAGUCACAGUCGGGACAAAGUGUGGAAAUCACUGUCAGCAGAAUGGGCGGCACUCUUGAUGUGGUAGCUGUCCAGUGGGAAGCUACUCUCAAUGGUGUUCCUGCCACAGCAGACGUCUCCCCAACUCAGAGCACCAUCUACUUUACCAGUAACCAAGCCAGUGAAAAGAUAGUCAUUACUGUACUGCCUGAUGAUGAACCUGAAGACCAGGAGGACAUUUUGAUAACAUUGACUGCAGCCACUAAUGGAGGUAGGGUAGGCAGCAGGAAUGUGUUCAGACUUACCAUACUGCCCAAUGAUGAUCCACAUGGUAUUGUCCAGUUUGAGCAGGAUAGGUUUGUCCUUAAGGAAUUGUCUGCUGAUGACACCCAGCACAUCAAACUAACAAGGAGUGGUGGUUCCUUUGGACAACUUAGAGUAUCCUAUAGUACAGAGCAGGUGGAUAUCCUGGCUAUAGUGUCUAACCAGGGACAGGACAUACUUGACUACUACACACAGCCUGUCUAUGGGGCUAAUACACCACAGGAUGGAUUCAGUGUGGAUGUGAGUGGGGCACCAGAGCCAGUGGAGAUGUGUGCAAGAACCUGUCUGUCUACAAGAGCCUGCCUGGUCUUCCAGUACAACUCCACUGCAGCAAUCUGUACAUGGUUUACCUCUGGAAGAAAUGACAGCUUCAUGCCUGCUGCUGAUGUGCGCUAUUAUAUGAAGAAUGUUACCAAAGCAAUGACCCUGUAUGACAUCCAGGCAGAAUCAGGUCAGGACUACACCCCAGUGACAGGUGCCUCUGUUAUCAUUCAAGAUGGAGCCAGCUCUGGCACCAUCCCAAUCCAAAUCCUUGCUGACCGUCUUCCCGAGCUGGACGAAAGAUUUUUGGUCAGACUGACCAACGUAGAAUUGGUCAGUGGUCCACCCAGUAAUCCACGAAACAACCCCAGACUGGGCAAUAUCCAAAUGGCCACUGUGGUCAUUGAUAAGAAUGAUGAUGCCAAUGGAAUAUUUAGUAUCUUCAGUAAUGACCCGCGUGCUUUGAAUGGAGGAAGGGUGGUGGAAGUGGAGGAGAGAGAGAAACUGUUUGUAGAUCUGGUGGUAGAAAGAGGAGGUGGUAGUAUUGGUGAAGUGUAUGUAAUGUGGUCAGUUGAUCAGUCAAGGAGCAAUGCUACAAAGGGUAUAGACUUUAUUGCUGAUGGGGCCAGUCUUAUAUUUGGACCAGGAGAGACUAGACGAGCUCUUACCAUUGGAAUCAUUGAUGAUGAUGAAGCAGAAGAUGAUGAGAACAUUCUCAUCUUUUUAUCCAACCCACAAGGUGGUGCUGUGAUAGGUCCAAACAAUACAGUCAAUGUGAUCAUCAUGGCCAAUGACAACGUAGGAGGAACACUUGGUUUUGCUCAGAGCUCUGUACUGGCUAGGGAGGGGGAUAACCUGACAAUGGUUGUUCAGAGGAGUCGCCCAGCUCGUGGUAACGCCAGCAUGGAGUGGGAAAUCAAGGGUUUGAAUGGACUGGACCCUGCUCUAGGCUUCAGGGUGUACCAGGGGUCACUGGUCUUUAAGGAGGGUGAAUUAGAAAAGACCAUAUCAUUACACAUUCUGGAAGAUGCCACUCCAGAGGUCAAUGAAGAAUACCGCAUUUUCCUCAAAAAUCUUGUUACAUCAGGUGUACGACAAACAGGAGAAGCCAUCUUGGAUCCCCAGAGCUACGUGGCCAGUAUUACAAUCCAGGGCAGUAAUGAUCCCCAUGGCGUGUUCCAGUUUGCCUCCAGCUCCAUGCUGGUACACACACCAGAGGCCAAUACCACAGUGCAGCUCAUGGUGGACAGAAAGUUUGGAGCUAUAGGGGACAUCCAUGUAUACUAUGAAAUCAAGAAAGGUUCAGUCAGUAAUCUGAAUGUGAACAAAAUAUUGUAUAGUUAUCCAUGA